AUGUGUUCGAACAUACAGGCUUUAAGUGACGAUGAUGCCCAGGAGCUAUUGACGUCUUACAUGGCCGCCAUAGAUGGGCUUUUCCUCUGGGGUCUUCUAAGCAAAACAAGCGUUGUUGUUGGUAAAUUCGGGGCCCAGUGCCGCCCGACAGAUCCUAUACUCGAGUCUGUUUUUGUGCGUCGUGGGGAGAAUGCCUUACGCUACCCCCGUGAAGCUGGGAUAGUCGGGGGCGACUGGAGCCCAGGAUACAAUACAAUGAGGAUCUUUGAAUGGGCCCCGCACAUUCGCCGCCCUUUUUCGCUUCCGGUGAUAGUUGCUACUAUAGUACACGAGCUCUGUCAUGCUUCCCUUGGUAUACUGACCUGCGAUGAUUCUUAUGUGGGCUGUCUCUUAGACGUUGCAACAAACGGCGGCCACGGAGAAAUGUUUUGGAAACUAAAUCAGUUCAUAAUGGAAACAUUUUGCAUGGUCUUCCCCGAAGUCGAAUUUUUCCAGAAAGAACUGAAAAUAAUCAAGCUGUCCCUUGGGAGAGUGCAGCGAUCAAACUAA